UCCCGGCUCCCGGCCAGUGCUGGGGCACUUCUCCUGGGGCGGGUCAUGAACGGGCCGGCGGACGGCGAAGUGGACUACAAGAAGAAAUACCGGAACCUGAAGCGGAAGCUCAAAUUCCUCAUCUACGAACACGAGUGCUUCCAGGAGGAACUGAGGAAGGCGCAGAGGAAAUUGCUGAAGGUGUCCCGGGACAAGAGUUUCCUCCUAGACCGACUUCUGCAGUACGAGAACGUGGAUGAAGACUCUUCCGACUCAGAUGCCACUGCAUCUUCAGAUAACAGCGAGACAGAGGGGACACCCAAGUUGUCGGACAUGCCAGCCCCUAAGAGGAAGAGAAGCCCUCCGCUGGGGGGUGCCCCCUCCCCCACCAGCCUCUCCCUGCCUCCUUCAACAGGGUUUCCCCUUCAGGCCUCUGGGGCCCCCUCCCCAUACCUGAGCUCGCUGGCUUCCCCCACCUACCCCCCAUUCCCUUCUGACUACCUGGCCCUGCAGCUGCCCGAGCCCAGCCCCCUGAGGCCCAAGCGGGAGAAACGGCCCCGCCUGCCCCGGAAACUCAAGAUGGCGGUAGGACCCCCUGACUGCCCCGUGGGAGGGCCGCUGACCUUCCCCGGCCGGGGUUCUGGGGCCGGUGUGGGGGCAGCCCUGGCCCCACUGCCCCCGCCCAAGAUGCCUCCCCCUACGAUCCUGAGCGCCGUCCCUCGGCAGAUGUUCAGCGACGCAGGCAGCGGGGACGACGCCCUGGACGGGGAUGAUGACCUGGUGAUCGACAUCCCGGAGUGAACCCCUCUGCCCGACCCCCUGCCCAGCGCCCUCUGUGUCAGCACACAUGAGCCCCCAGCUUCCGCAGAGACGUUUAUUGACGCCCGGUUGCCAUGCUGUGGCCACUGACACAAUCAGAAAAGGCGUAAACAUGCAUGAAUGUCCCCCGGAAGGUGGGCCCUCUCCAGGGAGGGCAGGGGCCCUGCCUUCACAUCCCAGCCCAAUCCAGGGGACAGAUAUUUAAGUGAGUGGCCGGGAGCAUCUGCCACCUCUCAGAGAGGCAGAGACCCUGCGGUGGCCCCCCGCUUAAAAGGGCAGCUGUACAGGGCUCGGUGGUGUUUUUUUAACGAAGAUUCUGUAUUAAAGGAGUGGC